GGAGCAAGGCGGUGGUGAAGCGAGACGGUCAGUGUGGCUACGAGACCGCACAUGUGGAGGGAGUUUCUCCUACACUGAGCAGGUUAGUGUGUGUGUGUGUGUGUGUGUGUGUGUGUGUAGGAGGGUGGGUGGUGGGUUAAGGGGUGUAGGGUUGGUUGGUGUGUGGGACUGAGUGGGAGAGAGCGUCGUUGCUCCAGUCUGCGUGAAGUGUGUGUCGGAGAAGGAAGACUCGGUAUUGAGCAAGUUAGUGAGCGAGGAACAAACUGAGUGUCUUUACAGGAGUUUCUGUGUUACGCCAGCUCAGGAACCACCGCUCCUCCCCGUCACUGCCUCCCUACACCUCACCGCCGCCAUGGACAUGCUCCAGUCCGCCAACUCCGCCAUCCUCUAUACCAAGUCUUCCAUCGACAACUUCUCCUCCGGUCUUGACGACCUCGCUGACUCGGUGGGCGUGGGUCCCUUCCUGGCGCUGGUGGCGGGGGCGGUGGUGGUGGCGGCAGGGCUAGGCAGCAUCUCCUUGUCGAGCAUCGCAAGGGUAGAUCAGUACUUUGGGUGGCCCCUCUGGUCUUCCAUAUUCCCCACCUGGCGCGAGGAUCAAGACAAGGAGCGCCUGAAGAGGAGACGUGACGAAGUUGGGUCUGAGGUCAUGAAGCUCGUAGAGGUGGCAAUCAAGAAGUACUUUGAGAGGGAGGAUCAGCAGCGCUUUCAUUAGUCACAUACUCCUCAAUGCCUCUCAACAAAGAAGGCCGCAUCCUCAUUAUUCUCUUCAUAAUUUUCCUACUUAAUCUCUUCCUCCAUCUUCUCCUCAAUCUUCCCUUUCUUCACUUUUUUUUCUUACUUCCUUCCUUAAUUCCUCGUCCUCUAUCGAUCUCGUCCUUCUUCCCAUUAUUAUAUAUAUUUUUUCCUUGCUUAUUCUUUCUUUCCUGCACUCCUUGUCCUGUAUUAACAUCUCGCCCUCAUCCUUCUCUUCCUUCAUUGUCGCUUUCUUCUCUUCCUGAUAACUAAACCAGAUGUGAAAGAGAGCAAAAUGACUAGAAGAAGAGAUGCAGAAGAUAUUCAAGGAAGAGGAAGACAGACAGUUGAUGAUGGAGGGGAAGAACUGAAGGAAGGAAGAGAAGAAAGCGGCAAUGAAGGAAGGGAAGGAUGAGGGCGAGACAUUAAUGUAUUCAGUGCCAUUCUGCCUUUUUGAGUUUUCUUCGUUGCUUUAUUUUCUCUCUCAGUUUCUUUCACCUUAAGGCAGCUUUUUUCUUACCCUCUCCUAACUCCUCCCCUUCCUCCUCCUCCUCCUCCUCCUCCUCCUCCUCCUCCUCCUGCUCCUCCUCCUCCUCCUCCUCUUCCUUCUUCCUCUUCCUCGUAGUCUUCCUGUUACAGCCCACUUGUUCUUCAUGAUGACUUGGUCCUCGCGGGUUACCAGCUGUAAGAGUGUGUGUACGUGUAGUGGUUUUUGUCGCUAUUAUAAUAACAGGUUCCCGCAUCUCUUAACUUAUUUAUUUAUUUAUUUAUUUAUCUAUUUAUUUAUUAGGUAAGAUAUUAUUUAGCUGUAUAAGAUUGUUUUCGCUUGUUGAGUUACAUAUUUACUUAGCGAUUUAUUAUUUAUCAACUUACUUGAAGCUGUGUGUGUGUGUGUGUGUGUGUGUGUGUGUGUGUGUGGGGCGGAGAUGGCUAGGCAUUAUGCAUUAUCAGUUCCCUCCUUCAAAAUUAAUCGGUGACUGCAUCGGACAAAACGUAACAUAGUACACAGGAGAGAGGGAACUGGCUUGCAAGCAUUAAAAGGCUGUAGAUUGGGUAGUACAAGUUCCCUUAAGGUCACUAAGGGGAGUCACUCUUAGUCUUUUUUGUCCCACCUGCUUAGACCUGUAAACACCGAAUUUGUUAGUUUUAGUGUCAAGAACAGAGAGAGAGAGAGAGAGAGAGAGAGAGAGAGAGAGAGAGAGAGAGAGAGAGAGAGAGAGAGAGAAACAUUUACACUACAUAAUCAUGAAGAGAGUUAGAAAUAGAACUUUGAAUAUAAACGCAAACAUUAAAAGGAGAAAACAAAACGAGUAUCAAUGAAAAAUAACACAAAAGUAUUGAGAAUCUAACCACACACAUUAAAAUACGAACAUAAUAUAAAUAACUCAAUCAUAAAAAUCAGAACAUAAUCACUAAUAUAUAAACACGAAAUAAAUAAUACAAACCAACACAUAUAUGAGUUACGACAAGCUUUCAGUAUACAUAAUUUAACCAGCAUUAACAGACAGACAGACAAGCAGACAGACAGACAGACAGACAGACAAAGGAUAUUACAGACUAAAAGAUCACUGUGCUUGGAGUCAGACACCCACGUAUGCUAGAGGUAGUGAAAGGAAAUAUAGUGACAGAAAUAGAACUCUCUCUCUCUCUCUCUCUCUCUCUCUCUCUCUCUCUCUCUCUCUCUCUCUCUCUCUCUCUCUCUGUCUCUGUCUGUCUGUUUAUCUUAUUACUUGUCCUCCAUCAUAAUUUCAUUAUCGUUAUUUUCUACUGUAUCUGCAUUCGUUGUUAUUGUAAAUAUGAUUAUUCUGUUUUGUCGUAAUGUAUUGUUAUCGAAUACACCAAGCUUGUCAGACGAA